AUGGUUUUACGUUCAGCGCGAAGAUUUUUGCUUAAACCAGACAACCAGACAUGUCUCUCAAAAGCCAUCAGUAAUCAAACUAAUUAUCAGUAGCGUACGUGCUCGACUGACUGUGGUACUUAGUAUUUUGCUCGAUCGUACGCGUGUGUACAUUUUUAAUUACGUUUUCGCCCGGGCUUAUCCAUUAUAUUGGUUCCAUAGUAUUUUAUAUUAUAUUUUAACAUAACAUUAUUACAUAAACAUCGAUUUAUCAUAUUUAUAUCGGUGCUCGUUUAUAUAUAAGUACACGUGUAAAAUAUGUGAGUAGGUAUUGUGUAUGUACGAAUAUGCACUACACGUAACACCUCCCCCCCUAAAAAAAAUCUUUUGCGUCCAGAAUUUGUUGCAGAUCAUAUCAUAAACAAUGUUAUGUUCGCUGUAGAAAUAAAUUUCUGCUUCGCGAGAUACCUAUGUACUUAUCAAUAUACUUACUCACUAGCAAUUAAUUAUUAAUUUAUUAUAUUAUGCAAUAAUUAUUUCAUUAUAAAAUUGAAAAACCAUUGCUCUCGUAUUUAAGAUAAUGGUUUUCAUAAAUAUUUAGUUCAUUAAAAAAAGAAUUACAAAAUUAUAACAAAACAAGUAAUGGGUACACAAUUUAUGAUACAAACAUUUUUAUGUCAGUCUACAAGUAUAAUUUUACUCUUAUGAAAUUAUCAGUUUUAAUACAAUCGUUAUGAGUUAUAGCUUAUAAUAUAUAAUAUAUAACAAACAAUAAUAUUAAAAUAUUGGUUAAUUAGUGAUAAAUAUAAAUUAUUAUUAAGUAUUAUUAAGUAUCCUAUUCAUAUCGAUAGGUACGGGUAACUAGAUGCACGUGUAAAAUAUAGUUUUAGAUAUUGUGUAGGCACCGCACGUUACUCCUCCCACCUAAAAAGAACGUUUUGCGUCCAGGAUUUGUCGAAAAUCAGAUUAUAUAAAAUGUUGUGUUCGCAGUAGGAAUGUAAUUCAACAUCACGAGGUAGCAAUGUACUUAUUGAUUUACUUACUCACCAGUAACUAAUCAUUAAUUUAUUACAUUAUAUUAUUGAAAUUUAAAAUUGCAGAAAUUGCUACAAGUAUUUAAAAUGCAUAAUAUCCUUGUUUGAUAAUAUUAUUAUGCUACCGCAAAAUUUUGAUGGAAGUCUCUAACUUAAUCAAAAUGAGCUAUGCUUUGAAUCUGAAGAAAACAAUUUUUUUUUUUUUUUAAUUUUAUUCCUUAUUUUAAAAAUGAAACAGAGAUGCUACGGAAUUCCAAAUAACACAAUAUGAUGAUUUUUUUUUUGUGAACAAAUAUCCAAUACAUUUUUCAACUAUAAUUAAGUUUUAAAAUUACCGUAAAUGAUUUACCAAACAUAAAUAACUGUAUAUUGGUUAUGGUGGAAUAUGUUUUUGAUAUUUAAGCUGGAACAAAUUUUCACAAACUAAGUGGUGUAUAGUUAGAAAACUCACUGUGUGAAAUUUUAUACCGUAUUGAGAGAUGGAUUGACGGAAAUCAAAAAUGUAUUUUAACUAAUACUCCAUCUACUUAAGGCAUUUUAAAAAUCUAAAGUUUUCACUCCUCAAAAAAAGGGUAACAAAAAAAAUAAUAAUGUUACAUUUUAGAACUAUUUGUUUUCUAAGUAUUUUAAAUAAAAGAAUUGCAAAAAUAGUCUAUAUUUUUCGAAAUAUUAAGUGUUCAAUGACAACCUAGAUAAAAUAAAACCAUAAGCUUCUUCGCUCCAUUCAGGAUCCAAAAUAUUACAGCCUAUUUUAUUUCUUGUGGAUUAUUUCCACCAGUUAUUUUGUUCUGAUUUACAAUUAUAGCACUUUUUCUAAUGGGAAAUUUGACUGAGGAGGUACUUUACGGCAAUCAUAUUUUGAUAUUCCCAGAAAUUUUCCGAAUAAAUGGGGAAAACCGAAAAAUUAAAACCGGAAAAUAAAUACAAUAUUAAAUAAAUAUUAUAAAAGUAAAUCUAUAACGCAUAAUAUUACAUUAUUUUACCAUAAUAUGAUAUAAAUAUUAAUGGCAAAGUAAUACUAUUAACCGAUCUCCGCUCUGAAUCGUUUUUCGUUAGCAAUCGUUAAUCGCUGAGUAAAGAUUUACAAUAAAUUUCCACUCUACCUUCCUAACUUCUCACUUAAAGCAGCGGCAACACUUAUUAAUAAAACUUCAAAUUUCGAUCAUAUUAUCCGUAUCUUCUCAUAUAGAAUAAGAAGUUAUGUGAACAAGCUAAUUCGUAUCACUUUAAAUUUUAAUUAUUUACUUAUAUUUCAAAAAAAAAAAAUUAUACUUAACAUUGCUUUAUUCAGAUCAAUUAAGUUAGAUUAUACAAUCUUUCAUCUACGAUAACUUUGAUGAUUAUUAAAAAAAAGAAAAUAUAUUAUUAUUUAUUUAUUUAAAUUAUUUUCUAGGUUGUAUUUCAGAAUGGCCAUCUCAGCAUCUUAUAGACGAGAAGCAAUAUACAGUCUAUUUUGGUAUUUCAUAUGCGAAAUCGGGAAAAACAUUUUCUACGCAUAAUAGUAAAGUAUGUUCUUUAAUUGAAAUUCAAAAUUUUACAUAAAUUAUAUGAUUAUAAGCAUUCAAUAAGUAAUUUGUUUCAAAUUUGAAUUAUUCAGGUCUCACGUGUUUACUAUAAAGAAUUAAGAGAUUGGUUCCACAAAUGGAUAUUUACAAUACUUACGAUUCUUGUCUUAUCAGAACCCGUUAACAUAAGUGAAUAUAUCGUGCCCGUUUGUAUUGAUUGGUCAAUGGAGUAUCCCUUACUUAAAAACGAUAUUUUAGAGGUAAAUUAAUUCCAAACAUACCGUUCGUUUACACAAUGAUUUAUUUAUAUGAUGUUGAAAGUGUUGCCAUUUAAAUUUUGUUCAAAAACACAAUUAUUUAAUAUCACUACAUUAUGUAAUUUUAAGGAAAAUAAUUUUAAAAAGUUUGUGAGGACAGAUGCAGCCACUGGUGUAAGUGGGAAAUUGGGAUGACAGGAUAUAAAAGAGUAUUUCAUGUAUACCUUCAAGCAACGAUAAUCAUUAUAUAAAAAAAAAGAUUGUGAGUUCAGUUGAUAUCAAUGCUUUGCCAAAAAUAUGUAUGUCUUUCUAUAGAAAAAAAAAUUUAAAUAAGCUGUGUAUAUUUUCAAUAAUAAUAUUUGUUUAUUGUUGUACCGAUUUUCACAGUAUUCCUACGUUUUUCCCGGCAUUACCAUUUUUUACAUUUUCUAGGAAAACUCCGGAGGAAAUCAAAAAUGACCUCUCUACACCUCGCUAGGAAAAUUUCUUUUUAGAAAAAUUGCAAUCACUACAAGAUGGAAUAAAAUUGCUGGUUAAAAUGUUGUCCACAGAAAAAAAAAAUCGUAAAACUAUACAAAUAUAUUUCGUAAAUUUUCCCGUUUUAUUUUUUUUUUUGAUUUUUCAUAUUUUUUGAAAACUCCGAAAAACAUCCCGUUUAAGGUACCUCUCUACGUCAAUUUACUUACACAAAAUUUGUGUAAAACAACAAGAUUCUUCGCUUUCCUAAGAAUCUAAAAUUGCAAAUGCAAAUUAUUUGAAAAAAUUAGUAAAUAUUUCUAUUUUUGGGAUGUUCACUUUGUAAUUUCAAAAGACUUAAACAUCCAUAACAACGUCCUCGUUUUAAAAAAACUAAUUGCAUACACAUUCGAAAAAAAACUAAUACGUGUUCUUUUUGCUUAUUUCUUUUGUUAUCAUAGAAUUAAUUUAAUUGUGUUACACAUUUAAUAUUAAAAUAUACCGAACUAAAUUCUAUUGACUUUUUUUUACAGUAUGAAGGGAUAAUUGGUUAUAACGCUGAAAAUCGUAUAUUGUUAAAAGGACCAUCAAAAUGCGUUGGCCAUGAUGGAUGUAUAAACAUUUUUGGCAAUAUAAGAGAUAUAAAUAAUGAUACAGUUUGUUGCGAACAACCUGGUAAUAUUAAUAGCAUAAUAUUUAUUAUCACGAAAAACAAUCUUUCAUUUUCUUUAGUGAAAUACUAAAUAAUUGAUUGAACCUAACGCUUUAAGGUCAUUAAGUGUAAACGUAUAAUAUACGUUGAUAUUACAUUUAUGAUAUAAUGUUCUAAAAUUUUUGAACUUCUUGUGGUACAUAAAUAAAAUUCCCCGAGUACAUUUAGUUUUGGCUACUGUGAACUAGUAAAAAUUACAGGUUAGAUUAGAUUAUGUUUAGGCCUUGAAUCAAAUGCUAUGGAUGUCAUUAUGAUGAAUAAUUGUUUAGCCUGGCCUAAUCUAACGAGUCUCCGAAUUCGGUGUUCGACGCACGCAUUCGUGGUAUACGUUCUCUAAAAAUUAUCGAUGAACCGAAUGAUCCAUCAGAUAAAUAUGCGACAAGUGACGUUACGCAUACACAUAUCAAACAACUAAUUCGUAAAAUCGUCUUUAAUAUCGACAACGUUUUGUUUUAUUGAUUGAAUACCCUGUGGCCCCAUCCAUAGUAUAUUAUCUAUGCUAUAUUAUCUUACUGUCGAAAAAAAUAUAAGGCUCAGAGUCGACGAAUACAUACAAAAAUAUUAAUUAAAUAAAUAAAUCGGUACUAAGAGCUAUAAAAUAAUCACACUAUAUUAUGGUACAUAUACAUAAUUCAACCUAUUCACAUGACCCAAAAUGGCGUCGUCGGAUGUCAUGCACAUAAGUAUUCGCAAUCAAACGCGAUCGGCGCACCACGUCGUCGGCGUCACAACAAGUAAUGCAUAGAGCAGUGGGCGGCGUACAAUCACCGGCAUACCAGUAA